UUCCGGUGAACCUUGGUUUGUGAGGUUUUGUACGCAGCUGUCACGUCAAGCCGCGCGUGGCGAACAUUACGAACUGAACAUGAACCCCGUCAAUGGGUUCUCAGCAGGCCUUAUUGAUGACAAUGACAUCUUCAAGUGGGAAGUUCUCAUCAUAGGCCCUUCAGACACACUUCGAGGGCGGCUUCUUCAAGGCUCACCUUCACUUUCCGAAGGAAUAUCCCCAUUGGCCUCCAAAGAUGAAGUUCAUCACCGAAGUGUGCCAUCCUAACAUCGAGAAGAACGGUGACGUGUGCAUCUCGAUCCUGCACGAGCCCUGCGACGACACGUGCGGCUACGAGAAGGCGUCGGAGCGACGGCUGCCCGUGCACACGGUGGAGACGAUUCUCAUCUCGGUGAUCUCCAUGCUGGCCGACCCCAACGACGAAGGCCCGGCCAACGUGGACGCCGCUGUGAGUGUCGCCGUCCCGUGACCUGCGGUGGGGCGCGGUUGCGGCUGAGGUCAGUUGGAGGAUGUCCUGGUCAGUCUGCGCGCGUGACCAGCGUCCAGCACGAGCACACUUCAGCUCGUCUGAGGCUAACAGGGCGGCAUGCAGUGUGAUUGUGGGAUGACGUUUUCCUCCGUUUUUUUUUUUUUUACAAAACUUCAUGCCGUACUUCUCGGUGGCGCAUUUCUUUGGAUACGAAAUGUCAUAUUGCAUGCUUUGACGUUCUCCAUUUGCACUCAAAUUUGCCUACGCGCAAGUUGACGUGCGAAUAGAUCUUUGUAUAUAAAUUUGGAACGCGCAAUACGAACCGCCACAUAUUGACGUGCUCGUGUAACUCCAUAAACGUGCUUCUGGUUUGUCAUGCGCGCAAUUUAUUGCAUCCUGUUUCAUCUUACGGGCAUUCGUACGUGUCACUAUCCCCGUAUAUGCAAUGCGCGUAGCAGCUUUGCGUAUUUGCAGUCUUUCGCAUCCAUUUUCUGCGUAACACAUUUCAUCGCGGCAGUCUUAGGCUUCACUUCGGAGAUAAUCGAAAAUGGAUGAAAAGUCGACCAAAUUAUUGAGUCAUAGUAGAAUUGAUUCCUCACAUUUAUGUACCUGGGGCGGAGUUGGAGUCCCCGCAGGGGCACCGGCUUCGGCCGGUGUAGGGGACUAGCGCCCCCUCGGGUGCCAGCUCCGGUAACGGGUGGACAGCGCAAGCUGUUCCUGUCAGGGCGUAGCGACCCUGCCGGCACGUGAGCUCCUGCUCCUUGUCCCGCCCGUUCCCUCCACAUUACCCACACUCCCGCAUCCGACCCUAUCACCACUCCUCAUCCUCGUUUUAUCGGGGUGCCGUGCGUGUCGUGCGGGUUAGUCACGGCGCGUCCCAACACUCCGCUUUGGCCAGGAUAUCCGGGGUCGUGGGGGCCCGUGGGG